AUGGAAGGGAACCACGUCUCUGUUCCGGCCAGAGAUGUAGAUGGUAUGCAGAGCAGUGAACAUAUGGCUUUGGACCAGCGCAACGCCAAAGACGACAGUCUCUCCUCCUGUUCGGAUUCAGGGGAGCCCGCCAAGGUGUUGAAUACCCACGGAGGUGGCUCAGCGAAAGAGGAGUCCACGGCUGCGUUUUCUCGGCUUCCAGAAGCCAUCAUUGAGAGUCAAGCCUCCACGCAUGAGUCAGAUAGCAUCGAAGAUCUAAAAUGCAAGUUCGCCCAGGUAGCCAGGCAACACGUUUUUGCUGCAUUUCUUCGGCCAAAGCAGACCGUGGUAAAGCUCAUUUCAGCGUCCGUCAGCUCGUCAUCUGCUUCUCCACAGGGUGAAGCCCUGCGGUUUACGUUCUCUGCACAAGGUCGACUGCUCCUUGCGCUAAGCUCGUCGAGGAUAUUUGUGAUAGAUCUAGCUACGGAUCCUAUUUCAGUACGCCAUGAGCUAAAGAUCCUUCGCCGUCCCACGGCUGCUGCAAUCCUUGAUGAUGGGACCUUGUUGGCUGUUGCAUCCUCUGAACACCGGGUACGGGUGUAUCGACUUGACGAUCAGCAUGCGAGCCUUCUUCAAACAGUUGAACUUCACGAGGUUCCGUUAACGCUGGAAUUUUCACCCUAUGCCUCUGUACUGACGGUGGCAUUUGAUGGGGGGAUUGAAGUCUACGCGCUAGGGGAUAAUAUAUUAUCUACUUCCCAUAGAGCUGUAAGAUGCGAUGGAGUGUCGACCCUAGCGUUUUCUUCUGAUGGAUCGUUGCUCUUUGGCUCUUCCACCGAUAUCCGCGCCUGCAGCUUGAUAACGAUUUCACCUCCACUCCUCCCCGACCCAGGUUUCGACCUUAGCCUACCAGAGCUUCAUAGUCGAAUGUGGACAACGCAAAUUUUAUUCCCGGAAAUUGGUGAAGGAUACAGCUGUGCUAACCUGAUCCCACCAGCUGAAGGUGGAGACCAAUCCAUCUUCUUCGUGGGAUACGAUACUCAAAUGAAGGCAUUCAGGAUAGCUCAGGUCGAUGAUUUGGCAGGCGGUACGCUUUACCUUGUCGGCCCUGGAGCAGAUACAGACAGAGAUGAGCCUGGGCCGAAUCUACUUCCUGUUGCUAGUGAGAAGGGUGAAUAUAUAGCAGCCAGCUUUAACGGCUCUGGUAUAUGGAUAUACGGUGUUCCAACUUCAAGGACUAAACCUGAGAAUCCGAAGAAAACAUGUCAGACGUAUCCACAGCCCACCAUUCCUCGAGCUGAUAAAAAUGGCUCUUUAUCGUCUGAGGCCACAAACUUCCAACGUCUUAACAAACAUAUUGAAGGCCCCAAAAGCUUCAUCUCUGGGCAUCCUCUCGAAGCUGUCAAUGAUAUCACGGAUAUGCGAUGGAUGCGCAAUAUAAAUGGAGAGGAUAGUAGCCCUAAAAAGCUCUGCAGACUUGUCACUGUAGCACCGGGAGGAGUUGAUUCCUCCUUCGGAAUGAUUACUGGGGAUACUAUGCCUAUCGAUGGCGGCCGGAUUAUCCUGUUUGACUUUGAACUCUCGACAAAGAAUGGUGCACAUGAAGAGCUCAUAAUUGAAGCCGGCGAGGCUACUCCAACGGAGUUGCCUGAGCAAUAUGCAAACCUCGACACUGAAGUUGAACUCCAGAAGAGAAGAACCCAAAUCAGCCGUCAGAGAACCAUGGCUGCUAGACACGCACCGCCCAGAGCAACCAGGAGAAAUAGCAUACCGCCUGCAGUUUCCCAGCAGAACGAGGAUUCGCCGUCUCCGCCUAUUCCAUCUACUCCGGGAGGAGAAACUAGAAGUGCUCUACCAUUCUUAGAUAGCCCUUACAGCAAUACUUCACCUCGCUCUACUGAGACAUUAAGACGAGCAGCCACUGCAGCCUCUCGUAGUCUUGCAGCCAGCCGCUUUGAGAACGCUCGCCCUGCUCUCCACUCAGGACCUCGCCGCCGGCAGUUUGUUGUUCCCCAUGAAAGUGACGCAGAUAACUGGGUGCCACCACCUCCUCCAUAUACUGCAGAUGCGGAUGAUUCUUUGCCUGAUCACUUUAGAGUGGGCAUUGUACCAAGAGCGACAGAACCUCUGCCUAGUAGUCCACCUAGGGACGAAGACAAUAGGGUGCUUCGUCGAUCGAGGACUUCUACUAUUGAUUCAACAGGGAGCUCGUCACUGUACCGUUCCCAGACAACCAUAAGCCGGCCAAGUAUCUCAAUCCCAAGGCGUCCUGUUGCAACAAGCAGUGCAACGAACAGCCCGGUCAACCAUCCUAAUAACACCCAGACCACAGCCAUGUCACCUUCCAACCCGAUUGCUAAUGGAAGGCGGCAGUUAUCAAGUAGCCAAAUUGGAUUCAAUACCGCUAAUUCUGGCUCUUUUCUACCCCCUCACACUCCAGCCACCACCAAUAUUACCCCGAUCCCUCACUUUCCUCCUCAGGUCCCUCCCAUGCAACCUCCUAUGAACUCAACACAUGCUAAUUCAACGCCCAUGGCUGGCCAUAAUGUCCCCUCCCACCAUACCACUCACGAUCCAAUGAACCAAGCUCAUUCCCACAAUAUGAAUAUGAGCACGUCAAUGCCAAAUCAGCUACAACCAAGUGGGCCAGGAAGUCAGACCAUGCAGCCCGAUCCCUUCCAACGGCCUUCCUACAUCCCUUCGCCAGUAGCAUCUAACUCCCAGGCUGCCGACUUUCAAGGUCCUCUACCGGGCGUCCCUACACUACCUAUUGAACGCCAAAUAUCCGGAACCAACUCGCUCCCUGAAGCUGCACACCGGAACACUCUGCCGCGCGGUAGCCGCUGCCUCUCAACGAAUUAUCGACCCACUGUUAAUACAAAUGUUGGCGUUGAAAGAUCCCGUUCUCGUUCUCAAGACGUACCUCGUCGCCGCAUACUACCAAACGCAGGCGGUGGCCUUUUCGACAAACGUACUGGCCGUAAUAUCUUGACAUCCCAGUCUGACAUUCGAAUAAAUACUACAACGCGAUCAGAGGACUGGAAGGAACAAUGGAACAAGCUCAAGGGCGAACGAAAGAAGAACAAGGAUUCGAAAUGUGUAGUAAUGUAA